UCUCGCUCCGCCCCGGCGCAAACUCGCUCCCUGCGUUCAUUUCAUUCCUCUUCUCAUUCCGAGCAUUCUUCGCAUCUCUGUCAGUGCGCGAAGCGAUUCACCUACACCUUUGCUGGCUGGCCCAGAAAACACCAGAAUAACUUGACAUAGUAUUCCCAAUACCCAGUAACAUCACACUACCUAAAGAAAGGGGCAUUUUUAAAUGAGAUAUCAAUAACGAGUUGGCUCAGCCGGGAGUUGUUGUUGGAGAUUUCGCCGGAGCAUUUUCGGACCACCUCGACGGAAACGCUGCAGGGAGACUUGUUGCUUCAACGGCGCCUUUUUACAUCGUCAUCCAAGUUUCGCGUCUCUCCCUAGUCUGCUCCAGGCGUCAGCUUGGAGAGCCCAACCGCCACGAUUGAUCCCAGCAGCUGGAGCGGCAGCGAAAGCCCUGCCGAGGACAUGGAGAGGAUGAGCGACUCGGCAGACAAGCCUGUAGACAAUGAUGCUGAGGGGGUGUGGAGCCCUGACAUUGAACAGAGCUUCCAGGAGGCCCUGGCCAUCUAUCCUCCAUGUGGGCGCAGGAAGAUCAUUCUCUCUGACGAGGGGAAGAUGUAUGGUCGCAACGAGCUAAUAGCCAGAUACAUCAAGCUUCGGACUGGAAAGACGAGGACCCGGAAGCAGGUGUCUAGUCACAUACAGGUCUUAGCAAGAAAGAAAGUUCGAGAAAUCCAAGCUGCCAUUAAGGUACGUCUGGCUUUGCCCAGUUGCAGGGGGCUUUUCAUUGCCAUGGUUACAGGCUCUUCCUUUGUUUUCCUCCCCUCCCCUACCCCGCAGGUGUCUAGUCACAUUCAGGUUCUUGCCAGAAGGAAAUCUCGUGAGUUUCAUUCCAAGCUAAAGGUGACAAGUAUGGACCAAGCCGUGAAGGACAAAGCCCUCCAGAGCAUGGCCUCCAUGUCCUCGGCUCAGAUCGUCUCCGCCACGGCUAUUCACAACAAGCUGGGCCUGCCAGGCAUCCCUCGCCCAGCCUUCCCUGGAGCAGGGUUAUGGCAGGGUAUGAUAUCGACUGGUCAGCCGGGAUCCUCACAAGAUAUCAAGCCUUUCACCCAGCAACCCUAUCCCAUCCAGCCAGCCGUCACAACAGCCAUUUCAAGUUACGAGCCCGCAGCAGCCCCUGCGCCCACGGCACCAGCAUGGCAGGGCCGCUCCAUCGGCACAUCCAAACUCCGACUGGUGGAGUUCUCUGCCUUCCUGGAGCAGCAGAGAGACCAAGACUCGUACAACAAGCACCUAUUUGUACACAUCGGACAGACAAAUCACUCCUACAGCGACGCCCUACUGGAGUCGGUGGACAUCCGCCAGAUUUAUGACAAGUUCCCAGAGAAGAAAGGAGGACUGAAGGAGCUGUACGGGAAAGGGCCACAAAAUUCCUUCUUCCUUAUAAAAUUCUGGGCUGACUUGAACUGCAACAUCCAGGAUGACACUGGAUCUUUCUACGGAGUCACCAGUCAGUACGAGAGCUCGGAGAACAUGACCAUCACAUGCUCCACUAAAGUUUGCUCCUUCGGGAAGCAGGUGGUGGAGAAAGUCGAGACUGAAUACGCGCGGUUUGAAAACGGACGGUUCGUCUACCGGAUAAGUCGGUCCCCCAUGUGCGAAUACAUGAUCAACUUCAUCCACAAGCUAAAGCAUCUGCCGGAGAAGUACAUGAUGAACAGCGUGCUGGAGAACUUCACCAUCUUAUUGGUGGUGACGAACAGGGACACCCAGGAGACGUUGCUAUGUAUGGCGUGUGUGUUUGAAGUCUCGAACAGCGAGCACGGCGCCCAGCAUCACAUCUACAGACUCGUAAAGGAAUGAACGUCCCAGAAACCCCCCUCCUCCUCCCCCUCCCGCCUUCCUCCCCCCUCCUCUCUCCUCCUCUUCAUAGACUUACCAACCUCAGAAACAAGUGGCAGUGCCUCUACAUGACAAGUCAUACCUACAAUGAUUUUUUUUUUUUUUUUUUGGGUCAAGAUAUCGGGUGAAGUGAGUCGUUCUGAAUCUGUUUUAAUAUAAGUGUUUGUUGUUUGACUGCAGCUGUGGAUUGCGGUACAGUUGUUUUAUGUUUAAAUAUGAGGAUUCUUUCCUUUUCUAAUGCGUUGGAGUCGGUCUCUGUUGGGUAUAAAUGUGGCCGUUCUUAAAGAAUUUUACUCGAUUUAUUUGCUAAAUGGAAAAUGUACUUGUUGUCUUCUGCUUUGUUAACGAAAAAAAAAAGGAUGCGAGCCUUUUCUAUCAGCGGCUUGAUGUGGUCUGUGUGUAACAUGUUCCGAGGGUGUUUUGUACGUCUGUACUUCAUAAUUUGUGACCAUACAUACUGUAGAUAUACGGACAUGCACCCACAGCCAAUAGACUUUCCAAAGAAACAAAAGUAACAACACUAUAUGAUGACACAGCAGCUGGAAGCGAGUGGUUGUGACUAUUGCAGGAUUUCCUGAGAAGUAAAUGAGCAAACAACUCGGCUUUCAGUGGAAUAUUUAUCAUUGUGAGAAGCACUCCAAGUCUUAGACACUAAGAACAGAAUGAAAGCACUGUGAAAACGCCACAAACGUCUCGCCCGCAUCUGCUUCGUGAGUGUAGGAAGUUUCACCGCCCUGCUCAGCAUUUCUGCGCCGCCAGCGCGUCUUUUUUUUUUUUUUUUUUCCUUCGUGACGAUUAUUGGGACAAUUUGUAGGUUUCAGACUGGUGAAAGUACUGCUACAAUUUACUCUAAUCGGACUCCCGUCUGGUCCCAAAAAAAAAGCACUUUGUUCUCCUUUUCUGUGCUUGCCUUAGUGAUGCUUACUUUUUUGUUCUGUGGUUUUAAUACAGUUCAGAUUAUGGCGACACUACGGACGACUUAACGCGGCUUGCCUUCUUCAGUAUAUCCCCUCCAAAAGAACUGACAGUAUGUUUCACCCCCACCCCCCCUCCACCUCCCCUCUGGGACGACGGUGCGAUGACUCCAAGCCAGAGUGUUGCUGCCUUCACGGUCACACUGUGCUCACGUGUUUCUGUGGCCUACGCCGAUCCCGAGCCUUAAACAAGUCAAAGCUGUGUGCGAGCUCCAAAAGACGCCACGAAAACUGUGAUCUCUACGUGUGUUUGCAUCGUGUGAGAACAAAUCAUCAUACAGUCUGCCAAAGCGUAAGUGUACAGUGCCUUAGAAGAUACUCUGACAUUACCCUCUGCUUUCUUUGGAAUUUAAAUCAGUUUUUGUGGAAGAAAGAGACAAAAAUGACACUUCCCCAUGUAUUCCUUGGUGUGUUGUAUCCUACAAAUAGUUUUCUAAAAUUGGUACACUCCUGGAAAUCUGACUUUUGUUGAUGUUUUUUUUUUUUUUUUUUUUUUUUUUUAAGAGGCAGUACACUUAUGUUAAGAAACAUUUGCAAAAUUUAAGCUCAGAAACUGGUUGUUUUUCCUCUAACACUGUAUAAUGUUCCUCAAAUAUUUGCUUUUUUUUUUUUUUGUACGAACCUACUCGUAACACUGAAUGACUGCCUUUCCUAUCACAGAAGACCAAAAAUACAGAGAUACAGUCAGUUGUUUGUCCUGCAUGGUAGCAAGGAAGUGCCUUUGGUUUUAAGAUUUCCAGCUUCAAAACAACGAAACAGAAAUUUAAUAAGAAGUUUAAUGUCAGACCAAAAAUCACACACACACACAAAAAAAAAGACUUAUGAGUGAAACCAAUCACCGCAUUGCCUUUGAAAGGAUUGUCAUGACAGCAGGGGAAGAAGAGUUACUGGUUAGAUAAAUGAAAUAUAUUCAUUUUAUUAUACUAUUCACGAGUUAUGUAUUUGAAGAAAAAAAAAAGAGAAAAAACUGAAAGCCUAUUUCUGAUAUUGUUCAGCCGCUGGCUGCAUGCAGGACGUCAAUCUGAACACACGCCGAGGCUGUCUGCUUCGUGCACACUUGCAGGUUCAAGUGAGUUUUAAAGAAGAGGUUCUUGGGAAGCAUUGUGGGUUUUUUUCUCUUUCUCACAGCCGCGCGCCUCCAGCGUGCUGAGAAACCACAAUAAUCACCAGACUUUCACAAUGUCACCUUGAAUGAUGCCGUGGCGCCGACAGGGCACAGCAGACACACACUCUUUUUUUUUUUUUUUUUUUAUCGUUUAUUAAGCUUCUUUAACAUUGGAAAAAUAGUUAACACUACAGUACAAACUCUAAAAUCCAAUUUUAGGAUGUGGCUGAAACUUAAAGUGUAGCUAAUCUCUAUUUUUUCUUUCUUUUUUUUUUUUUCCCUCCCACAACUGCGGUUGUGGACGAGGACGUCAAGGCUGAUCCUUCCACUGUGAGGAAGACAUCUUACAAUCUUACAAUCAUCCAGAGUAUUUUAAUCAAAGAAGCUCUACUUAACGGUGGAAGACAUCUCUGGUGGAUUCAGAUAACGUUCAAUCGCUCAGUAUUUUCCCACAGUCCUGUGGACGCCGUGGAGUUUGAAUAGGCUCUUUUUCUUUUGUUUACCCUGUGUAUCUGUUCACAUUUAUUGAUUACAUAGUGGGAUGUUUUCUUCUUGUAUGUGUAUACAGUUGUGCUUGGUUUCGUGAUGACAUUGUCUGUGUAUUGCAAGCCCGACGAGAUGAUGAUGAUGAUGAUGAUGGUGAUGAUGAUGUUACUGCUGCACUGCUGGUACAAUUCUGACAUUUCAACACUAAAACAGCAGGACUGCUGCCUGAGAUGGCACCAAGGUCUGGCGAACCAUUUUGAAUACAUUAUAGACACACACACGCGCGCGCGCACACACAUACACGGUUAAUUUGAGGAAUCAUGCUGCAAACAUAUCAGCAGUUUAGCCCUUGUUAAUUGUAUUUUUUUAAAGAGUAGGUACUGGUACCUUUCUGUUUUAUGACCAUCUCAGAUGGUGGCUUUAAAGUGAUUCUUAUAGCUCACAUAUAGCUGUCAUACACACAUAUGAGUUAUUGUGUGCAAAUGUAUUUUUCUCCUCCUUUUUCUUUAUUUUGUAAAAAGGUGCUUUGUAUAAAAUGAUAUCUUAGCUUUUCUUGGUACAGUUGUGUGAUAUCUUUCCAUAUUCAUGACAGUGAAAGUGUUGGAGCGACGGAGAGAAAAGAAGCUCUGCUACGUUUUUGUGUUUCUGCAUAUGGUCGUGUCUUUGCUCCGUAACAUUAUGAUGCCUUCUUGACGACAGUAGAUAUUUUGUAGCUUUCUAGAUACUUUGUAUGUAUGCAAUAUUGAAGUUAAAUAAAUU